AUGGCGGAUGGGCAGCUAGUGAAGCGUGCCAAGUUGAAGUCUUCUGUCAACAGCCCGGGAGUUCCCGGAGUCUUUAGAGUGACAAAGGAAAGGUUUUCCUUUACUGGAAAUGAGCCAGCCUCAUCUAAAACUCUUAAUGUGGAGUUUAGGACAAUUAAAGGGCAUCAAUUUAACAGGGUGGGUUCCAAUAAACCAGCGCUUCUUAAACUUAAUCAAGACCAGGGUGGUGACAUUAUAUUUGAGUUUGACAAUCUUUCUGAUCGUGACGUUUGCAGAGAAUUUGUGGCUGUUGUAUUAAACGGAGUAAGAGAAAAAGUUACCUUUGAAAAGCCUACUCCUUCAUCCCAGGACGAACAGCUUAGCACAGUGGAAUUGGAGCACCGAAUCAAGUUACUUCAGGAGGACAACGAAUUGCGGAAGCUUCACCAGAAAUUCGUAAGUGGAGGUAUACUGACAGAGGCUGAAUUUUGGGCCACUAGGAAGAAGCAUAAUGACAAAAGUAGGCUAAAGCAGAAAAUGGCCUUGAAGAAUGAAAUGUGGACUGUCAAACCCUUAUCGGAUGGUCAGUCUAACAGAGUUACAUUCAACUUGACCCCAGAGAUUAUUCAUCAGAUAUUUGCUGAGAAACCUGCUGUCCGGCAAGCAUACUUGAAUUUUGUUCCAAACAAGAUGUCAGACAAGGAAUUUUGGACAAAAUUCUCGAGAGCCGAAUAUCUCCACAGCACUAAGAAUGUAAUUGCUGCUGCUGCUGAGGCUGCUGAAGAUGAAGAACUUGCUAUCUUUCUGAAGAAAGAUGACAUGUUGACAAAGGGAGCUCGUAAAAAGCUGAGACGUGUUGAUCCAACUUUGGACAUGGAAGCUGAUCUUGGCGAUGAUUACAUUCAUCUCCCGGAUCGCGGCUUGUUUCCCAAAGCGAGCAAGGAUUAUCUGGAGACACAAUACGAGCCAUACAGAAGAAACUUCUCACGAGACCUCAAUCAGCAUGCUGCUGUUGUGCUUCAAGGAAGAAUAGUAGAUGAGCUUCGAGAUCCAAGGGACAUGGCAGAAACGAUUGCCCGCACAGAACAAGUCGAGAUGUCUAAUGCUAGGUCCAACGGGAAUAUGGAGAAAGAUGUCUCGAAUAGGAUGUCAAUUAUGGCUGAGAUUGAGGAUCUUCAGGGCCCUCGAGAGCCUGUAGUUGCUCCCCUCUGUAUUACGGAUCCUGUCGACUACUUUGAUUCUCAGCAAGCCAAUGCAUUAAAAGCAUUAGGAGAUGUUGCAUCUGAUGGAAAGACUUUAAAAUGUAACACAAGCCCAAGUGAAGCAUAUUGUUCUCUAAGAGACCAUAUAUCCGAAAUUAGAAUGACUGGGUUAAGCAAACCAAUCACAAAUCCAGAAAUUGCUUUUAAGGUUCUUAACGAAAUGAUUAAGAAUAUACCAAAGACCGACUCCUAUCUUGGAAAGAACCAGAAUGAGAAUGUCUUGGAUGGUUUGCCAAAAGUUACUAAAGACAGUAUCCAUGAUCAUUGGACUCCAAUCCAGGAGUUGUUGAAGCAUUUUUGGUCAUCAUAUCCAAUUACAACAAAGUAUCUCCAUGAAAAGGUGACACGAUUGAAAGGUGCAAUGACAAACAUGUAUCCAAAGGUUCAGGAAAUUAAGGAAUCUGUGCAGCCAGACAUUCGCCAUCAGGUUUCCUUGCUUGUCCAUCCAAUGCUUCAGGUAUAUUAG